UAUCACAUUACGUCAUAAAACUACUGUAUUUGUUUGUACUACAUUCCAUUGUCUAGUUUUUAUAUAGUAUGUAUUAUCUAAACGUUUAAAAGGCAUGUUAAUUGUUGCGUUUUGGGGCCAAUAACCGACUAAAUUUAAUGGAAAAAGAUGCUCUUUUUUUCCAAUGAGACGCGAGCUUUGUUACUCCUUUACGAUUGCACCACUAAAUGUGUAAUUAGUCAAAAAUAUGUAUAUGUAUUGAAAACAUGGAUACUAUUGAUGUCAUAACAAUUCUAUAACAUAAAUGUUUUAAUUCUGUAUUUGGAAUCCACAGUAAUGUCAUUUUCUCGUUGAGCAUACAGCUCCCUCUAGUGGCCAAUCCCAGCACUGCAUGAAAAGUAUGCCUUUAAAAGUUUUACGCACACAAAAAAACAAACACGUAAAUUCCUUAAAUUACAAGAUUACGUCUAGUAUUGUAAGAUGUUCGUUUCAACAACUAACCUCGUAUUUAUUUGUUAUUUUUUUUGUAAAGUCACUUCAUGAAUGAGUCACUUUAAAGUGAAAGAGUGAGGUGGGUGUGGUGCGCCGGUGCGCGUCACGGAAGCCCUCCAUCCGGUGGCCCCACUGUGGGAACUCUAUAAAUCCACACCGGGAGCCUUAACGGGGGGACAAGGUGUGAGUGAGUUAGAGACAAGCCGCAUGGACCUCCAUCUUCAUCCUCACCCUCACCCCCAUCUUCAUCUUCAUGCAGCGGCCAACACAAGAAGCACAAGGAAUUAUUUUAUUAAUUGCUGAAUUUGUCUUUAAAAUUAUUAUUAUAAGCAUCAUCAGCCUUCAGCGGAGUCACAGAAUGAACUUUCUUAUCUUUCUGCUUUGUGGAUUGUACACGGUCUUUGCCAAAGGUGGUGAAAAAGAAGAGGCCAGGGGCAAGUACGGCGUGCCCGUGCUGGAGGGGGCGCACGGACACCUGGUCCUGGAGGCCAACCGCACGCUCCAGCUCAACUGCAGGGGUCGCUGGGAGCUCUCUUGGUCUUUCCCCACAGACGUGCCCCUGGACCAGGUGCACGUGCAGGACUCCCGCUGCGGCAAGACCCAGCACCUCCACUGCAGCCGCCUGACGCUCGGCGGCGCCCAGGCCGGCCACACGGGGAACUUCCGCUGCCGCUACCGCCGGCGGGUCCAGAGGCAGGCGUCCGUUUACGUGUAUGUGGCAGACAGCCGGCAGCCAUUUGUGGAGCAUCCGGAGAUGAGUCCUUACGUGUUGUACAUGAAGGAGAAGCAGCCGCUGGUGGUCCCCUGCAGGGUCACCCACCCCAACAUCACCAGCAGCCUGAUCAAGUUCCCCAACCACAGCCUGAGUCCGGACCACAGGAACAUCCUGUGGAGCAGCAAGCAGGGCUUCACCAUCCGCAGUCCCACCUUCUUCUACAUCGGCCUCUUCUUCUGCCAGAGCGUCGUGGACGGCGUCACGCACAAGUCGCGUAUUUACUUCGUCCACAGACCGGUGAGUGAAAUCAUGGAUGUGUAUCUGAACAGCACUGGCCCCGUGCAGGCCUUGAAGGGGGAGAGGCUGGUUCUGAACUGCACCGCCACCGGAGAACUCAACACCAGGGUCAACAUCACCUGGGACUACCCGGGAAAGAGCAGCGCCAGAGGCUCCACCUCCAAACGCCUCCUGAAGCACAGAACCCACAUGUUGUUCUACAGCAUCCUCACCAUCAACAAGCUGCAGCGCUCCGACCGCGGCCUGUACACCUGCCGCGUCAGCAGCGGCGACAAGACCAAGCAGCAGAAAGUCACGGUGACCGUCUACGAUCGUCCAUUCAUCCGCUUGAAGCCCAGACUGGGUCCCGUGAUGGAGGCUCAGGCGGGGCAGAAAUCGUACCGAAUUUCGCCCAAACUGCGAGCCUUCCCGGUCCCCGAGGUCAUCUGGUUGAAGGACGGCAUGGUGGCAGCAGAGCAGUGCUCCAGGUACCACAGAGACGGAAACUCUCUGGUCAUCAGGGACGUGGCAGAGGAGGACGCUGGGAAAUAUACCAUCCUCGUACGCAUCCAGGAACACGGCCUCUACCAGAACCUCACGCUAAUACUCGUGGUUAACGUGAGUCCUCAGAUAGGCGAGAAAGCGGUCACGUUGCAAGACCCCGGUUCUGUGGCCCGGGGGAGCAGACAGUCUCUACACUGUACGUCCCACGGCGUGCCCCCUCCUCACAUCACGUGGCUCUGGCACCCCUGCCCACCUAAAGGCCUGUGUGCGGGCCCGUCGUCGUCCUCCCUGUGGAGUCCUGUGACGGAGCAGAGUGUUCCCGCCACACACAACCACAUCCUGAGUGUGGCGCUCAGACAGGAAGUGCUUGAGGGGAAGAACAAGACGGUCGGGGUUCUGACGGUGGGCCGGGCUCUGGUGUCGGGGGUGUAUCGUUGUGUCGCCUCCAACUCUGCAGGUGUGGACCACCUGGACGUCUACUUCUACAUCUCAGACGUCCCAGGUGGCUUCGGCGUGAGCCUCGGCGAGGAAGCCACAGAGGGCGGAGACGUGCGCCUCACCUGUCGCGCCAACAAGCACCUGUACGCCGCCCCGUCAUGGCGCAGGCUCAGCCACGCCCACGACCCCAGCAGGGGCGUUGCCCUGCACGCUCAACUCACCACGGGGAAGUUCUCCCACUCGCUGCUGCUGUUGCUAAGCAACCUGAGCACCGGGGACUCCGGGGCGUACAGGUGCUCCGCCCACCACCUGGUCACGGGACUCGAGACUCACCUGGUCAGGCAGGUGAAAGUCUCAGCCUUGGCGCCUCCAGUGUUGCUCCUGAAUUUAACGGAUUGCACCGUCAACGUCAGCAGCUCGGUGACCCUGCACUGCCCCACCGAGGGUGUCCCACACCCGACCGUCACAUGGUACAAGAACCAAGGUGCUCUGUUGGCAGGAUCAGGGAUUGUCGUGUCGCCAGAGGAAGGCUCCCUCCAUAUUGGUCGCAUCACCGUGGAGGACCAGGGUCUGUACACCUGCCAGGCGACCAAUGAGAAGGGAGCUGCAGAGAGCUCCGCCUACAUUUGGGUCAAUAAUGUAUCUGAGGCGUCCUCCAUGGAGAUUCCCACUCUGGCCUGCACCUGUGUGGUGGCCACCUUGCUCUGGCUUCUCCUGACGCUGCUGAUCCGAAAACUCCGACAGCCCAAGCGCUCCCACGGCAAAGCAGGGUACCUGUCCAUCAUGGUGGACUCAGCAGGCGCUCCACUGGAGGAGCGGGGGCACAGGCUCCACUAUGACCCCAAGCAGUGGGAGUUCCCCAGAGAACGCCUCAAAUUAGGAAAGAAUCUGGGCCGUGGAGCCUUCGGUAAAGUGGUGCAGGCAUCUGCCUUUGGGAUCGACGGCGCCUCCAGCUGCAGGACGGUGGCGGUGAAGAUGCUCAAAGAGGGCGCCACAGUCAGCGAGCACAAAGCCCUGAUGACUGAGCUGAAAAUUCUUAACCACAUUGGACAACAUCUCAAUGUUGUCAACCUGCUGGGAGCCUGCACCAAACCUGGAGGCCCGCUCAUGAUCAUUGUGGAGUUCUGUCGCUAUGGAAACCUCUCCGGCUUUCUGAAGAGCAAACGGGAGGUGUACGUGCACAACAGGGGGAUGCAAAAAAAUGGAGAAAAGACUGCAAGGAUAAGAUUAGACUUUAAAGACAAUGACAUUCGGCCCUCCAACGCUCCUCCUUUGUUUCUGGAGGACCUCAUCUCCUUCAGCUUCCAGGUGGCAAGAGGAAUGCAGUUCCUGGCCUCUCGCAAGUGUAUACACAGAGACCUGGCGGCACGCAAUGUCCUCCUGUCAGACAAUCACGUGGUGAAGAUCUGUGACUUUGGACUGGCCAGAGACAUCUACAAAGACCCGGACUACGUCCGCAAGGGAGACGCCCGCCUGCCUCUGAAGUGGAUGUCUCCAGAGUCCAUCUUUGACAAGGUGUUCACCACACAAAGUGACGUGUGGUCCUUUGGCGUUCUCCUCUGGGAGAUCUUCUCUCUGGGAGCGUCCCCGUACCCCGGUCUCCACAUCGACGAGGACUUCUGCCACAGACUGAAAGCAGGAACCAGGAUGAGAGCGCCGGAGUACAGCACAGCUGACAUUUACAGCACAAUGCUGGCCUGCUGGGAUGCCGAGGCCAGCGAGCGACCCUCCUUCUGCCAGUUGGUGCAGACCCUGGGCGACAUGCUCCAGUCCAUGGUGCAGCAGGAGGGGAAGGACUACAUUCCUCUGGGAUUACUCGUAGAACACGGAAAGUGCACACAAAAAACUCUUGCUGUCACCAACUUGAGUUACAUGCGGGCUGUGGCCACGCUGCACACCUUCCAGGUUCCCUGUGAGGACGACACUCACCAAUCUGAGGAGGAGCAGAGCGACAGCGGCAUGGUCCUUCCAUCAGAGGAGCUCAAACGUCUGCCGUGGGACGACAACAACAACAAGCUCAGCAGAUCAUGUUUCCACGGCAACCAGACGGCCAUCUUUCCACACGACUGGAGUUCCGAUGAUGGGAGCUCCCCGCCCCCCGACUACAACGCCGCUUUCCUCUACCCUUCACUCUAACGUCUUCCUCGCCAUUGUCAGCAAUAAGCAAAUGUAUUUACUCACUUUCUGUGAUUUAAUUGUCGUAUUGGUACCACAUAUCACCAUGUGUGAGGGGACAACUCUUUUCAUUGAAACACAAUAUAUGCUGGAAAUAGUUAAGGCACUCUGUGUGUGCGUGUGUGUGUGUGUGUGUGUGUGUAGGGGAACUAAGGUCACAUCAUUUUGUUAAAAAGUACAUAUGAAAAGCACUUUUUUCCCGCAACGUAAGAAAAAGAGUACCGUAUUUUUCGGAGUAUAAGUCGCACCGGCCGAAAAUGCAUAAUAAAGAAGGAAAAAAACAUAUAUAAGUCGCACUGGAGUAUAAGUCGCAGUUUUGGGGGAAAUUGAUUUGAUAAAACCCAACACCAAGAAUAGACAUUUGAAAGGCAAUUUAAAAUAAAUAAAGAAUAGUGAACAACAGGCUGAAUAAGUGUACGUUAUAUGAGGCAUAAAUAACCAACUGAGAACGUGCCUGGUAUGUUAACGUAACAUAUUAUGGUAAGAGUCAUUCAAAUAACUAUAACAUAUAGAACAUGCUAUACGUUUACCAAACAAUCUGUCACUCCUAAUCGCUAAAUCCCAUGAAAUCUUAUACGUCUAGUCUCUUACGUGAAUGAGCUAAAUAAUAUUAUUUGAUAUUUUACGCUAAUGUGUUAAUAAUUUCACACAAGUCGCUCCUGAGUAUAAGUCGCACCCCCGGGCAAUCUAUGAAAAAAACUGCGACUUAUAGUCCGAAAAAUACGGUUAGCAUUUUUUCUAUAUAUUUGCCAGGAUUUAGAAGCGUCCUGAUCCGAUAUCAGGAAGAAAAAAAUCUGAUAUCAGACAGCAUGUAAAAUGUGCGAUACACGUUGCAGCUAUGUUGACUUGUGGAAACUUGACAGCGAAAUGUCCUCCAAUAAUUGUAGUCAAGUCAUUUACAAAAAGGUCAACAAGCUAGGCGAUAGGUUGCUAGCAGCUACACAACAGCUAAGCACACAAUAUUGCAGUGUAAAACAGCACUUGUCAACAUAAACAAGUAUCAAAUAAUUAUAGUUGCUAUGACUCUUAGAAAGUAUUUAGUAACAAACGUGUCCACAUCAUUCAACUUACUGUGUCAUAGGCUUAACUAAAUGAAUUACUGUGGCCACGAGGGGUCACCAAAAACAACAAUACCACUCCACUUCAACUUAAAGACCGCAUACAAGUCCAUUCUAGACGGUUAACGAAUAAGAUUAAUGCUUUUCAGAAGUACAAUUCUCUGACAAAUGUCACUUGACCAAACAUUUUAGAACUUUCCACACAUCAAAAUAAAAGUAUGUAUGAUUCUUGCUGAUGAUCUAUCAAAUCAAUAUCAGUAUCAUAUUGGAAGUGAAAAAGUAACGGAAACUAUUAAUAUUUACAUAAAUAGAGUAAUAUAAGUAUAAUUUUCAGAGCAUACAAUAUCAAUCAAUCAAUCGUUUAUUUAUAUAGCCCUAAAUCACAAGUGUCUCAAUAAGUAUUACAAUGUUUUUAAAAAACCCUAAUAAACAUUGUUUACAAAUUGUAGGGUAAACUAAGUACUGUUUCCAAAAAACUAUGUUGGGAAAAAAAGCUUUAGGAUAUAACAUCUUAGGUGUUUACAUUGGUCAAAAAGUGCACUUAUUUCCUACAACAUUAGCAAAAUAGAACAUUUUCAUGGUUAUUUUAUUAUUAUGGCUGUCAGCAAAGAAAAAUUCAUCAUUUAGCCGCACCGUCUUAAAAGCCGCAGGGUCCAAAGCAUAGGAAAAAAAAGUAGUGGCUUGAAUUUACGGUAAUAUAUAGCAAAAUAAUUGAAUUAAAGACUUCCACCUUUUUUAUUUUUUUUUUAUUUAGUAGUAAUUUUGUUCAGCUAUUGAAAGCAUAAUGUGUAUGAUUGACAGGGUGACCUACUGUAACGUAUAGAUGCUGUAAUCUUUGAUUAUUAUUGUUCAAUGUGUUUGUUUUACAUUCAUGCACUAACUUGGAUAUCAUUGAUGAAAGUAAGAAUGUAUAAGUUUUGGUAUUCUUUAUUAAAAUACUGCUGUACACACAAAUAUUGCAAAG